AUGACACACAACGAGGCACUAACGGAAGCCCAACAAGACAACAACCUGGACCAAAACGAAAGAGAGGAGCCUUCGAUUCCCGCUGAUGUUCCUCAGACCCAAGCGUUGAUCAACGCAAAGUGUUCUGGCUACUUCGUCCAUCCACUGCAAUGGAUGCAAUUUUUGGAGCAGGGCGAAACCUCAGGCAAGAUCAUAUGUCCAAAUGAAAAGUGCAAAGCGAAAGUAGGAAAUUACGACUGGGCCGGAAACAAGGGGUUUUGUAUACAUCGGUCCAAGGUGGACGAACUUCGAUGA